AUGCGCCAUCCGCGCCGCGAGCCCUUUAUCUACACUCAACAACAAGCCAAGUCAGACACAGUCCAGUACCAUGACCGUCCAGAGGUGCGUGUCAUCUCUCAGCUGCAGUUUCUCUCGUGGCCGGAUCAUGACGUUCCGCACGAGGCCUCGCUGGUCUUGGACCUGCUGCACCGAGUCCAAGACCUUCAGCAGUCCAGUCCAGACCUGGUUCCAAGAGUCCAGAAACCUCAAAACCACAACAUAAAACUAGUCCACUGCAGUGCCGGCUGUGGAAGAACCGGGGUUAUUUGUGCCCUGGACCAGAUCUACCAACUGCUGGUGCACCAGAAGUUACCGUCAGACUUCAGCAUCAUGAGGAUCGUGACGGAGCUGAGAGGACAGAGACCCAGCGCGGUGCAGACCAAGGAACAAUACCGCUUCAUCUACACGGCUACUUCCUGUUUGUUGAGAUGGUUCCUGCAGAAGAACAGCUCCACUUCAGUUUACUGCAACCUGCCCGAGGUGAAGAAGCCACAGAGGAAAACUUGUGACUCGGCAGCAGUAUCUGACAGGUCCGAACAGGAAACUAUGGAUGUGACGUACGCUGUUGUCAAUAAGAAAGUGGCUGCAUCCCAAACCCUCUCCAGGGCAGAGGACUCCACCCAUCACUAUAGCAACAUGCACAUCGUGGCCCCUGCUCCGAUCUACAGCGUGGUCCGGCCCCGAGCCAAGCCCCACCCCUCGGAAACUCACCUGUACGACUUGGCCACGCCCACCGCCCCGCCCCCUGCCACGCCCACCACCACCAACUAUCACAUGAUCUCAGACUCUGGGUCAGUGACGGACGCCGACCACGACUACGAAAACUUAAGCUCAAACUCCUGCAGCUCGCCCCCUGGAGGUGGAAUUGGUUUUAACAACCGGGUCCCAAAGCCCAGGGGCCCCCGGGAGCCUCCGGCCGAGUCACAGUCUGUGUUUCCACGGCAACAGCAAAGAGGGGCGGGGAAAGGACAGAGGAGACAAGGAGGGAGGAGACAAGGACAAGAGGAGGAGACAGGAGGAGAGAAGAGGAGAGAGGAGGAGAGAAGAGGAGAGAGGAGGAGAGAUGAGGAGGAGAGAGGAGAGAGGAGACAGGAGGAGAGAGGAGGAGGAGAGAGGAGACAGGAGGAGAGAAGAGGAGAGAGGAGGAGAGAUGAGGAGGAGAGAGGAGGAGAGAGGAGACAGGAGGAGAGAGGAGGAGGAGACAGGAGGAGAGAGGAGGAGGAGGGAGGAGGAGAGAGGAGACAGGAGGAGAGAGGAGGAGUAGACGAGAGGAGAGAGGAGACAGGAGGAGAGAGGAGAGGAGGAGAGAGGAGACAGGAGGAGAGAGGAGACAGGAGGAGAGAGGAGACAGGGGGAGAGGAGGAGAGAGGAGGAGAGAGGAGGAGAGAGGAGGAGGAGACAGGAGGAGAGAGGAAGAGGAGAGAGGAGGAGAGAGGAGACAGGAGGAGAGAGGAGGAGGAGAGAGGAGGAGAGAGGAGACAGGAAAAUGUGAGAGGAGGAGGAGACAGAGGGAGAGAGGGGGAGGAGCAGAGAGGAGGAGGAGAGAGGAGGGGGAGAGAGGAGAAGACAGGAGACAAGAGGAAGAGAAAGGAGAAGAGGAGGAGGAGAGGAGCAGAGUCCUGUGGUGGACUAGUGGUGGCCUGA